UGCAGCCGCUCAGUGUGGGAACAUAAAUGCACACAUACAUGCAUUAAAAAAAAACAACAAAAAAAACACACUUGAAUAAUUUAUUCAGAUGAAAAUAAACACGGGGAUUUACAUUAUGGAUGUAGUCCAACAGUUUUAUUGAACAUACUGUAUGUGCAGAAACAUAGAGACGUGGGUGUGAAGAGGAUCACCAGGAUGUUGUUUUAACCCAUUAACUUCAACUGUUGUAAUCUUUAUAUUACUGCUGCUUAAGAAACUGUUGUGCAAUAGUUUAAAUGCUUUUUUUCUUUUUCUUUUCAGGCAAAAAAAUAAUAUUUUAAAAGAUAAAUCUGGUGAUAUUAUAUAUUUUUCUAACCUGUUAGUGUUUUCACUGCUGGCUGACUUCUAUUGGCUGCACAAGCUUUUACAAUAAACCACACUGACUGUGGGUUUGACAAUGUUUUUGCAAGAGUUUUUGUUUUAUUUUAAGAGAUGUUUCAGUAGCAGCAUUUGUCUUUUAUCUGAUAUUCCUCUAGACUAUCAUGAACAGAGUUAAUGGAAGUCAACGGGCGACGGACCCACACAAGUCUAUAUUAACAGAACUGUAACACAGAUGUUGGGUAGUAAGGGAUACUCAUGUGUGGUUUUCAAAAAUCUGAUAAACUAGGUUUGUUUAUAUGAAUAUUCAUAAAUCAAGACAAACCAGCCACAUAAACUACAACCCAAAAUUACUAUAAAGAGCUAAAGAGACGUGAUUUGCAUCUAAAGUCACAGCUUGUAGUCUUUUGGAUAGUAACUCUUAUUUUCAGUAUUUGAGUUUGUUCGAUACUAAAUAAAGACGUUUUAACUUAAAUAAACACGAUCUGUCCUUUGAAUGAUGCAUCAUUUUCUCAUUAACAUAAAAACGUAUGUUUUUUUUUUUUUUUUACAGCAGUGGAAAAGAGUGACAACUUUUUAAUGUUCUGUACAGCAGAUUAUCAGCAUGAGUUCGUCAAGGGGAGACAAAAGCUGCUCCUGCUCAUUUCUUAGCAUUAGAUACUCCGCAAGCAAGGAAUGACAGUGUGGACAAAAGACUAGCCAUUAAUUUAUCUUCUCUAUAUGACCCUGAUGCAAAUGAGGAAAAUGAAAGCAAGCAAUCAAUUCCCUAAUUGGGUUUGUGCUAUUUUAACUUGUUAAGGGGGCCUCUGUCUAGAUUAAAAGGAAGGUCAAUUUCUCAUUGUGACAAUUACUGUAUUCAUUUCACAGAACAACAAAGGAAUCCAGCCAGGGUUGGGAAGAGACUGCAGAGAACCAGAUGCCUCCCCAUUGUAGGGUGGUGGCGUCUCCUCAGUUGCCAGCAGAUGAAGAUGGCAUUCAGUCUGUUGGACAGUCAUCCAUAAACCAACUGGGACCUCAAAGUCAUCGCAGUGCAAGUCGGGACCAGAGGCAGUCCAAGCUGUCAAGAAAUGACUCGGAGCUACAACAGCUGGAGAGACACUCUUUGGAGAUGCUUUCUGUAUCAUCAGAAUUUCAGGACAGUAACUUGUCUCCGGCCCUUUUGCUGUUGCCUGUAAACGCUGGAAUGGAACACAACUUCACUGAAUAUUCUUUAUUCCAACAAAGUGACAAUGAGUUUGCCCCUUUAAGGGCAUACCCAGACAUUUCCAUGGCAACAGACAGGUUUCACUUUCCACUCCAGGAUGCUACUACUCAGGCGUCUGAGUGUGGCUCACUGUCCCAGCACCCUUUGGCUCAGGCAACUAUCCUUUCUGAAGAAGGAGCAAGCCGCUGCUCUCUGUCCCAGCACAGUUUGUCACCAGGGGAUGAAGGCAGACGAGAGGAAAUAGUUCAUUCCCGACUGAUUGCCACCACUGACAGACAGGAUGGACCAUCCAGAGAUGAUGCAAGUAGCAAAGAGAAGGUCUCGGUGACACUUACUAACACUCUAGACAAGCUAGUAGGAAAGGCUGUAGAAGAUGAGACCUUCUUUCUGAAUAAGGAUAUUCCUGCCCAGCAGCUUCUGGAGAUCCUUCAGAAAGAUGUUGGGAUGCCUAGCAGCAGUAGUAGUGCUGUUUCCUCUGCUUCUGAGACAUCUGUGAAGAGCAUCGCAUCUUUUUCCAAAAACUCUAAAAGUAGCAAAGUCUGCAAACCAGGCAUUGACCAAAGCAUGGUUAGAAGAGAAGGUCCUCCAGGUGAAGCUUCUCUUCCACAACAACAGACAAAACAACCUGACAGAGUUACAAACCCUGACCAAUCAAGAACACUGUCAUCUGAGGUCUGUAAUAUCACUGUGGGUUCCCGCAGCACUCAGCCUGAUAACAGUAGUGAAGUGUUACACAGAGAGCUAUUGUCUGAGGUAGAGAGGCGCAGCAGCCAUGAAGCUGAAUCUAAAAACCAACAGUGGAAAGGUCCUUCACCUGGUCAGUGUCUCACUCCAUAUCCCACGGAAACAUCUGAAAGCAAGCCAAGUGUAACUCGAACAAAUCUGGGUGGCAUGCCAUGGACAGGGCCGUUUUCAGCAGGGGUUGAACGGGUUCAGAGAGAGCAAGAUCUUUGGUCCUCAGGUAACCAAACAGGGAUUGAUGGGUCCUACCUAGGUUUCCUUCCACAGUCUCAGUCCACGCCAGGGGUUUUUAAGGCCCCGUCCAAAUCCAAUGUCAAGGCUACAUUUGGGCAACUUUCUGCCAUAGAGUCCAGUAAAGAGAACUCCUAUCAGUCAAGCACAGGGAUCCCCUCACAUCCAGCUGUUCCUGAGGCUGACGUCCAUUGCCCAGACACAGCAAAUCAGUGCCAAGAGGAACAUACCUCUGCAAAAGUCCAGUCUCUUCCAAGUCUCAACUAUCUGCAGAAAGUCGACGCUUGGAGGGCAAAUCAGAGUUCUGGCAAAACGUCACUGUUUGAUAGCCUGGCGUUGCAGGGAUUUUCUGGUAUCUCUCCCAAAAAGAAAGCUUAUGAUGCAGUAUCUGACACCCUGAAUCGCAUCCUGAGUCAGCAGGCAAGGAAUUUACAACAGCCUCCUGUUUCAAGUGCCUCCAAUCAGAAUGUCAUACAGAGCUCCUCUACGGCUCCUUCUGGCUCCUCUUCCCAAAGAAGAGGGGAGGCAGUGGGCAGUGCGCCUAGUGACAAAGAUAACACUGGGUCUGCAGCAAGACCCUCUGCCUCACCCUUUGGCAGGUCGCAGUCCCACUCCUCUCUUAGCACAGUUGUCAUGUCGGUGCAGAAAGAUCAGCAGACGAGACCUGCAGAAAAAGAGAAGAGUCAGACUCAGGAUGAUGUCCAUCAUCAGCCGAGUACCACAGCUCAACCCUUACCUCUCAUAAGCCUUGGUCAGUUCAGUGAUGUGUCAGUUGAUAGAGACUUUACUCUUUCAAGUUCCCAAGAUAGUUACAACAGUGGAAUUAAAUUGGGAGCUUCCAUUGGAGCCUCUUCAGUCACCAGCCUUGAGGUUGAUAAUUAUGCCCCAUACUGGACUUCAAAACUGUCAACACCACCACCCCUGCCCAGACCGCGAGAGCUCAACAUUGAAGAACGAAUUCCGUUGUAUCUCCAUAAUCUGGGUAUUGACCAGUCUCCUUCAACAAUCUUGACUCCAUUUGCGCCCAGAGGGCCAAUCAGAGAACCUGAAUUCUCUCCUACUGAUCUCUUUACAAUUAAAGGAUCCAUUGGAACCUCAACCAAGAGCACUCAACCAUCUGAAGGUGGCAGUCCUCAUAAAGGAGAGUUUUCCAGGUCCAGUAUUCUGUCAGUGGACUCCACUGGAUCCAUACCGUUUAGCCUGGACAGUCUUGCUCCGGCUGUAUCCAUCCCAGAGCACACCAAGCGGGCUUCUCCUUCUACUUCAUCAGAUACAGAAGCUAUUCAGAGUAAAUACAGACGGGCACAGUCCUCCCAGCCUGAUCAAGACUUCCUCUCCUCCAGACUGCAACCCAGCCAGCAGCAGCAAAAGGACAGUGGUAUAGCCGUCAGCCAGAAUGCUGUCCAGCUUGGAGAGAGGUUUGACUCUGACCUCUUGUUAGCUACUAAGGUGAGAUGCGGGGAAAGAGACUUGGAGUCAUCCUUGCAAAUGAACCGUCGUUUGGAGCAAAGUGCAAAAGAUCCUUUUGUUAACUCUAAGGCCUUGGGGGAGAUCCGUAAACUACUCUCUCAGGUGGAGAAAGUGGUGUCUCCUGGGUCGUCCGCAGCUUCCUCUGCCUCCCCUGCAGCGCCCCGCCUGCUGUCUGAUGAUGACAUUUUCCUGUCAUUGAGGAAGAACACCAGCAGACUCCAGGAGUCCUCAUUCUCCUCCUUCUCUGCAACAGACCCCAGAACUCAUUCCUCCUUGCUGUGGGCCAGGUCCUCGUCCGAUUCCAUGUUAACCUCAGAGAAACCAAGGCAAAGCUCUAUAGGUCGAGAGAAUCUGACCUCAUCAUGGCAACCUGAUUAUCCAUCCACACAGUCUCUAACCACUGCACCUGCUGCAGGAACUUACAAAAGGCUACAAGACAGUGCUGUGAGUAGAGGUGCAGGGUCAUCUCUUGUCCUUUCCAAAUCAGCCCGGCGGGCUGAGCCUGAGGGCUGCAGCGCUGCACCUCCAGACAACAAAGUCCCAACGCAGCCAGCAGUCAUCAAGCCUCUGCCAGCUGUGAGUACACAACAGCUCACCUCAACACCUACAGAGACAGCGGGUGUCCCAGAGGAGGAAGAAAAGACUUCUUUUGGAGGUCCUGUACAGAGCAGUUCCUCAUCACCCUCCCUGGAGGACACCGAUCAGGGAGUGAUGAGUGAUGGAAGCAGUGACAGUUCACUGGCAGUCAGAGUGGCCAAGUUACUCCAGAGUGAAUCUCCAGCCACUAUGGUGUCCAGUACACCAAGCAUCACUGACCAAGAGGAGAACAAAGCAAGAGAGUGGAUUAAGAUGAAGAUAUCUGGACAGCAGUGUGAACCUCUGGAGUUGGACCAAGAAGACAGAAAGCGAAUUGAAGAGAUCAAGAGAGAGCUGCUGUUAAAAUACCCGAUGAAGAGCCAGUUGAGCACAGAUACAGAGAGCAGUGCAGCAUCCAGUGUGAGAGUCCCGAGGGGGCAGGACCCACCUCAGCCUGCAGAGACAUUCACCGCCCACAGUGAUGCGAACAACCAGCUGUCACAGCCGGUGCAAGGCCUCAGCACAAACCUCUCAGAUUCCCGUCUGCUGCUUCAAAGCUCUCUUCACCCAGAUCUAGAAGCUCAAGUGCUGGAGAUAGCUGCCAGAGAAGGAGUAACCCUCCCUAGAACAAACCCUCGGGCCCUCACAUCCAUCACCAUCGCCACCCGCAAGCGCUCCACCUCACCCUCUCCUUCCACGUCGCCUGCUCCUCCCAUCAGCCCAGCCCCAGAGCCUCUCCACCUGACCGAGCUCUCCACAGGAACAGUCGAACGUCCUCAGGCUAAAAGGCCCGCUGCUCAGAAUGAAGAAGAUAAGACAACAAGAGAGCCAGAAUCAGUGUUUGAACCGAAGAGCAGUCUCUACACCAGAAAACAAAGUCUAAAUACUCAGUUAAUGUCAGGAAAUCAGAAGAGACAAGAUGCUGUGGGAUGUCAGUUUGAAGAACCUCCUCCACCCUCACAGGGUUUGAAUAGAGAGGAUGUGAAUGCAAAAGAAGACAACACACCGUCUUUUCGGAGAGAUGAUAAGUUAUCCAUUCAGGACAGCUCUGUUUCUGGUUCUCAUGGAGCUGAGCAAACUGCAAGCUCAUCCACAUCUGGAUCCCCCGUCAGGACAGGUCACGUCUCACAUGUCCAUCUCACCCUGUCCCCGAAAGCCACGGAUCACAACUUGGCGAUCGCUGUGCACUCAAGUCAUGCUGAUGCUGUUGCGGGGAUGCCACGUAGAGAAUUUGUUCCGCUCAGACACUCUCCAUCUGCUGCCAGCAGUCCGGACGAAGGCGUUGGUUUGUCCAGUCCACCAGAGUGGUACGAGACCCCAGAGCCAAAAAGACAGCAGGGGCACGAAAGAGUGGGCGCCUCAUCCCUGUUUAAAGCUGCUGUACCUCCGGGGAGAAAGGCCUCCACAUCCAAAAAAACCUUUACACCAUGUUACAGAGCUGAAGCUUCUCAAAGACCCUUAACCACUGAAUCACCAGCAGUGCCUGUCCUGCUGCCAUAUAAACCCCGGGGCAGCAAGGAGCUCUUCUACGUCCCUCAAGCAGAAGCUGACGUCUCCUCUACAGGCCCUUCGGACACCACCAUGGAGAGCUCACACACAGGCUCGGACGACGCUGUGCCCCCACGCUUCAGCAGUGAGGUCCUCGGGCACCAGGACCCGGGGUUGGACCGUGGAGUCACCAUCAGACACACAGAGGGGAUCUACAGCAAGAGGUUGAAAACAGCCACCUUCAAAAUGCAAGCACCUGGACACAGAGGCGCCUCUGUGAUAGCGGACAAAAGUUCACAAACAAGUCUGAGCCAAACUCCAAAGACGUCUUCUCAAGUAUCCCUUGCCUUUACCAGAGUGCCUUUAUCGAGCAACCAAGAAUCCUCCAAGAGAGACCGUGGGACCAGCCCACUGCAGUUUCUUCAUUAUAAUCAACCAGAGCCAAGUCGUGACAGAUUUCAGCCAGUUCAUGAGGAAGUGGAUGAAGAUGAUGCGAGCCAUCACCUGGACCAAAGCCCUGACCCUCAGCAAGGAGGAGAGCGUGACCAGCAGAGGAGGGACCCCGACGUCCCUCACCCUGCUUCCCAGCAGAGCAACAGCAGUCUGGACGAGCUGUGGCAGAAGUUCUGCGAUCGGUGGACCAUCGAAGAGUCCCGUUCAACAAGAGAGGCAUCGCUGCUGGAGCGGCUAGAGCGCCUGUCUCGUCUUAUUCAAAACACAAGGGGCACCGAUAUGUCAGAAUCACAGGACGAGGAAUAUCAUGAUCCUUACAGCACAAAACCGAGGCGAGGAAGGAGAGGAGAGGAUGCUACAAGGGAAGAGAAAAGGCGGGAUGUCAGAGAGGGUAAAAAGAGUUUACAUGCUGAGGCCGGAGAGUGGAAAGUCAGAGGAAGUAGAAAAUUUGAUGAAGAACCUCCCGCUGCUCGUCAGGCCUGGACGCAGAGAACACCUGAACCUUUAGACCAGGACAGUCGCACCUCCAGCCUCUCCCACAGCUCCUCCCAGAGUCAGCACCUCUGUCCCGCAGACAGAGACGAGUCAGAGACUUUGUCCACCUUAUCCGGCUCCAUGUCCACCGUCGACACGGCCCGCUUGAUCCGAGUCUUCGGCGCCCACAGAGUCCAGCACCUGAAAACCAGCUCCAGCCUCAGUAAACUUUACGACACGAUCAACAAGCAGAAAGAUGGGAGGGAGCAGAGGAGAGGGAGAAACAAAGAAUCUCUGUCCAUCAUCACACCAUCAGAGACCAUCGGCACUGAUGAAGCCUCAGUUGCUGCUGAUUCUGCAUCUUCAACCAGCACUUCCUCCCUCCCACUGCAUCGUGGACCCACCAAGACUCUGGCAGCGAAGAAGGCCGUUAAACUGGUCAGCAAAGGCAUCCAGACAGCAGGUGACCUGGAGAUUGUUAGUAACGGGACUCGACGCCACACCAGAGAUGUUGGAACCACGUUCCCCUCGCCUCGUGAAACCAGAGCUUCGAGGCAGAUUUCAUCUUCCUCCACAGGUGUAGAGAGAGGAAGAGGAGGGCGGAGGAGCCCCUCUAAAAUUCAGUCCUCAGAAAAGCAGAGAAAGAGCAAGCGGAGCCCAUCUAAGCCUUACCCUGAAGGCGUUUCUUGGUUCAUCUCUGCUGACGACGUGAGAUCGGAGGCAAGGAAGGAAAACCAGCAAGAGGAGGAAGAGUCGACGUGGAGGCCGAGCACCGCCUGGUUUGAACCGUAUAGCAGAACACACCCGUGGAGAGAACCGCUCAGACAGAGACAGUCUAACUUCAUACAUCGUGCUGAACCUGAUCCAGAUCUGAGAACAAAAACAAUGUCCUCUGGUCUGUCACGCGUCUCUCUCCAGGAGGCUUUGGAGAUGCGCCGUCCAGAGUUCAUCUCUCGGUCCACACAGAGGGUGAAGCGUCUGGCUCUGCAGGUGGAGGAGAGGAAGCUACAGGCCGUCUUCACCAGAGAGAGACACGAUCUCUUCAACCAGCACGGAGGACCGGGGAGGCUGCUGAGGCCUGCAGGCACUGCUCUGCUCAGGAGAGCUGUUCCCAGGAAGGAGAUGAUCCAGAGAUCCAAACUGAUCUAUGAGAAGCUUCCGGAGGUGCAGAGGAGGAGAGAGGAGGAACGAAGGAAAACAGAGUACAGAUCUUACCGGCUGAACGCCCAACUCUACAACAAGAGAAUCACCAACCGUGUCCUGGGCAGACAAACAGCAUGGCAGUGAUCAAACGGAGCAGCAAAACUUUUUUACAAAGGCUGACAAAGAUGCACUGGCUUAAAUGUCUUUAUUGAUCAGUUAUCGGUUGUGCAAGAGCAGGAAGCCACACGAGGAGAAGGUAAGACAAGUUAGCUGCAGAUUCAGUACGUCAGCUGCUCACUCAGAGCACAGAUAAACACAAUGAAUAAAUAAGAAAUGUCUGCAUUUUCCCUCUCAAACUACAGUUAUGUAGAUGCACUAUGCCCAUUAAUUUAACUACAAAAUAAAACUUCAAGUUAGGACAGUACUCUGUAAACAUAAAUACUCUAACAAAUCAUUAAAUAAAACAAUUAGCAUGGAUUGAUAAAACCAAAAGCCUUAAAAUCAGCGAUGGCAAACGUGGUGAAGAGAAACAAAGACUCUUUGGCAAAGAUGUAGUUUUGCUUUAAACGAGGUUUGGUUGAAACAAAUGAAAAAUAAGGCAGGUGACCGCUCUUUACCACAAGGCUCUCUGCAGGUUUAAGGCUCGGACAAAGUUUAAGUCUGAAACAGCAACAGGAAACUCAUCAGAACACAGUUAAUACAGUCGUUUGGAUUUUUGUAAUUCAGUAGCUUUA